CAACUCCCGGACGGCGUCAUGACGCGGUGGCUCUGCGCGCUGGCGCUACUGGUCGCCUUCUCGCUGCAGGUCCGCGCCGACGGCCCGGACAAGCGCAACCUGGGCUCCCUGGCGCGCAGCCGCAUGCUGCCCGCCGCAGGCAAGCGCUACGUGGCGGCGCUCGCGAGGAACGGCGACCUGCCCUACUUCGCGCAGCGCCAGUGGCACAAGAAGCUGCACCCCAUGGUGUCGGGCGGCGGCCUCGGCGCCGACAAGCGCUUCGCGGGCGGCGAGGAGGAGGGCGCGGUGGGCCGCAUCGAGGCCAUCCUGCGCGACAUCAUGGACACGGAGGAGCGCUGGCGGCGGCAGCGCGACGACCUCAAGCUGGAGCUGCUCAAGCUGGAGGUGGACGAGCUGCAAGACGAGGACGACGACGUCAAGAGGUCGGUGUCCUCGCUCGUGCGGACCGGCGGCCUGCCCUACAAGAGCCCCGUGGGGAAGAGGAACGUCGAGGCGCUGGCCAGGGCCGGCUACCUGCCGGCGCCCAAGGAGCCGCAGUCCGACGAGGACAUGGACUCGGAGAACUCCGACGAGAACAACCGCAUGGGCAAGAGGAGCAUCGCGUCCCUGGCGGCGGGCGGUGGCUUCCAGUACCCUGGGGGCGACAAGCGCGGCGGGAUAGAGGCGCUGGCCAGGAACGGCUACCUGCACAGGGACUCCGCCGCGGACCUGGACGGAUUCAUCCAGCAGCUGUACGACCAGGAGGCCCUCGAGAAGAGGAACCUCGGCUCGCUGGCCCGCAGCUUCGGCCUGCCGUCGGGCGGGAAGCGCAACCUGGGCUCCUUCGCGCGCAGCGGCGGGUUCUCCGCCAUCCGCACGUCGCCCUCGAAGAAGGGCGACGAGGACGAGGGGGAGGGCGACGACGGCCAGGAGGACGAGAAGCGGAACCUGGGCUCGUUCGCCAGGACGAGGCAGAGGCCGCUGGAGGGCAAGCGCUACCUCGCGUCCGCGCUCAGGGGCCGCUCCUACUCCAAGAAGGACGACGACGAGGAGGAGGAGGAGGAGGAGGUCAAGAGGCACGUCGGCUCGAUGGCGAGGGGCAGCCUGUUCCCCUACGGGAAGCGGUUCCUGGACGACAUGGACGAGUCCCGCGAGCAGUUCGCGCGGGAUCUGGCUGGCGCGGACGGCGACCCGGAGCAGAAGAGGCAUCUCGGCUCGCUGCUGCACAAGAAGUCCAGCCGGUCGACGGGCAGCGACCUGGCCGCCUACCACUCCAACGACACGGCCGCCGGCGACCCGUCGAGCCGUCUGAAGACCAGCGAGGCGGGCCGCGCGCCAGAAGAUACCUCGGGCAAGAGAACCAAGAGACAGGCGUACCUCGUGCCGGCUCCUCCCGCAGAGCUGUCGGACGAGUAUCCCAUGCCCGUCAUCCAGAACUCCGAGCUGUUCGACUACGAGGACAUGGAUGACCUGCUCGCUGGCGAAGACGCGCCUUCCAAGAGAUUCCUUGGUCGGAUACCGCAGAUGGGCCCGAGGCGGCGGCCCAAGAACUGGUCUGGUCACCACCGCCGCGCACACUCCCGCUCGGACUGAACCUCUCGUGAAGACAGGGCGCCUGAGGGGAAGAGAGGGACGCCGCGUCACGGCGGAGGUUUGCAACCCCGCGGUGUUUCCCCGCGUCUCUCACGUGCUCACCUCUCCUCCACCUGCCGCUCCCCACCUCAACACCUCGCUAACCACCUCGCACCACUCCCCACGCGCGCAGAUGACCCCCUACUUCCACUCCAGUGAGCGCCGUUUAUCCCUUCCCCAAUGCUACACUCACCUAACCACUCCCCAUAUCCCCUCACACACUACUUCCACCACAUUGAGCACCGUUAACCCCUUCCCCAAUGCUACACCCUUCACCAUCUUGCCCACACACCCCUCUCCGCUCUACUCGCAUGUUUUUCCUGCACGCACACAGCUCACGCCACCUCUUUCCGCCCUUUACUCACACCGACACAGCUCAACCUUCACUCACUCUGUCUCCCAAGCACACCACUAACCCCUACCUCUCCCCUUUCCCCUCAUUUCCUACUCUUGCCCACCCCAUAUCACGCACCACUUCUCCUCACACACACUCGCUGCUAGCCCCACUAACCACUCGCCCCUCGCUCCUGCGUCAUCCCACUUCCAAUUACACUCACCCAUCUCUCAAGCACCCGACACAGCUCACUCCCACUUCUAUCGGAGUGACAGGGGCGGUCGUAUGGCUCUGCGAAAGCUGUGCGAGAUCUCCUGCCAUUGGCUCGGCUACCGUUUGGUCAGAGGUCAGAACCAGGGACUGGUAGGCGAAUGUGGCUGUCGACCUUCCACAAGCUCUUUCGCUGUCUUCUGCACUCCUUACCGUCCUGUGCCCGAAGAUCAUUUGCAUAGUUUAACCUCCCGCAUUUUCCCUGGCCUAGAGAUUGUCAAUCAAUAAUUUAUAAUAAUAAAAACCUCGAUGACGCUGGUAUUUACUGCUAAAAGUUGCAAACCUCCCCUAGUCGACGGGCGUAUUUCAUGUCAAUAUAAUAUGGAUUUGUGUAACAAAACAUUUACAAGCAUGUUCGUAUGUUCUAUGUUCUAAAUGUUAAAGUGACCAUGAAAUGAGGAUGUCCAGUACUUAUGAAGUUAUACUUUAUUCUGUGUCAACCUCCUCUCUGAAGUUUAACAAAACAUCCUUGCAUGUGAAUACAUAUCCUGUGCCACUUAGCUGUAUCGAACAGUAGGCGAAUUUACUUUCUCGCUCAUGCGAGUAAAGUGUUCACAUUUUUAUAUCUACUGUGUCCUUGUGUAUAUAAAGUACUUAUUUCUAAUUUAUAACUGAUGAUGUGCUGUGCAGACAUUAAGACGACAAAUUUUAGUCCUCCAGUAUUCAGCGAAAAUAAAUAAAUAUCUGUCACUAAAGUAUAUGCUAUAUAUUUUUCAUAUAUGAAGAGCAAGCAUCUAUAUAUCUUUAAUCAAAUUGGUAACACUUUACUUGCAGCUUAUAUUGGCUAAAUAUAGCUCGAACUUUUACAUUUGUUCAUGUGGGGGCACGAACUGUGUGCAAUCCGUCGUUUAUGGCCCAAAAAUUUACCCGGACUAGAAUUUUUCAUUCUUUUCAAAUAACUUGUAAGUUUUCCAAUUUUUUUUCUACAAAUACGAAGUAAAGAUCUCAAAAGAUUUGUUUGAAAUGAUUUUUAGUAAAUUGAAUUUAAAUUAUAUAAAUUUGUUUUAUUCGUAGUGCGUAGAUCUCAUGCCUGAUGAAGGAUGUCUAGGACGAAUAUUCCCAACGACAAUAUGUUAAUGGAUAGGUGACAUUGACAUUGCACAGCAAGGAAGUAUGACUGCCCCACGUGAAGGCUCACGUAUGGUUGGCGAAUUAUCGUUCGGACGCUAAGCUGUGUCUCAACACGCGCACUUAGCUUUCUUCUUCUUCUUUUUUUGCUGCCAAAUAUAUCUCAAUUUGCACUGCUCUAUGUUUCUUUAGCAAAAAAAAUUCAUGUUUUAAUUUUAGUACUGAAAUUACCUCGUGUCUUUCCUACAAAUAUGACAAUAAAUUCAUAUAUAUUAGUGUAUAAGAAUGAUAUUUACUUUACUUAAUGGUUGCCGUUGUCAGAGUUUAUAAAAAUGCACAAUAACUAGUCUGCCAUACCAAGACUAUAGUGACAAUAAAUUCACUUGAGCACUUAAGUACUUAAGUUUUCGAUUCCGCUUUUAUAAUAAUGGCAUUUACAUGUUUUACGCGUGGCACUAAAAUGACAGGUAGCCAUGUGGCAAACAAGUCCCAGUACAUGAUUUAAAGCAUUUAUUUAUGUUUCGAAUGAGAAUUUUAAAAUGAUUUACGUUGUAUGAUAAAGGUUUGAAUAGUCCCUUUUACAAAAUACUUGUGUAAAAAAAUUACUCAUAUUUUUAGAAUAUCAUUGUACUUAAAAUAAGUGUUCAAAAUGGUUUGUUGCAACAUGUAUGUACUGAUCAAAUGGACAAUAAACAUUUGGAAAAU